AUGGCCAGCGGGAAAGUGCUAGAGGAAACCUAUCACAAGUGGCUGCAGUAUAAGGACGACUGUUUCAAGAUGAUUGAAAACGAGCCACCGCCUCAAGAUGGCUUGUUUUGCAACAGGACGUUUGAUAGAUACGCCUGCUGGCCAGAUACUCCCGCUGGUUCUCUCGUCAACAUCUCCUGUCCUUUCUACCUGCCCUGGUAUGAUCACGUGUCACACGGCGUGGUGCAGCGGCAGUGCGGCACCGACGGCCUCUGGGAGCGUGACGAUGACGGCCACGUGUGGAGGGAUAAGUCCCAGUGUGAAGAGGACAAAGAGGUCACAUCUCAGGAGAUGUGGAUCCAAAAAAUGAUGUUGAGCUUCAGGACGUUGUACACCGUGGGCUAUUCCCUGUCGCUCUUCUCUCUUGUUACUGCUCUUGUCAUUCUGCUGAGCUUUAGGAAACUGCAUUGCACACGGAACUACAUCCACGCCAAUCUCUUCCUGUCCUUCAUCCUGCGAGCCGCAUCUGUCAUUGUUAAGGACGCCAUGCUGGAACGCCAUUGGGGACGUGAAAUUAUGAAAACGACGGACGUGAGCAAUAUGCUCAGCCAUCAGGCUGCUAUUGGCUGCAGGAUGGCACAGCUUCUGAUGCAGUACUGUGUGCUCGCCAACCACUACUGGUUCUUUGGAGAGGCCAUUUAUUUGUACUCUGUGCUAAUAUCCUCAGUGUUCAUCGACAGUAACAAAUACUUGUCAUACAUCUGUUUAGGCUGGGGAGCCCCACUUCUCUUUGUCAUUCCCUGGGUCGUGAUGAAGAUACUGAAAGAAAACAAAGAAUGUUGGGCUGUCAAUGAGAACAUGAACUACUGGUGGAUCAUUCGUUCCCCAAUUCUUCUCGCUUCGCUUAUCAACUUUCUGAUUUUCGUGAAGAUUCUGAAGGUCAUUCUAUCCAAACUGCGAGCCAACAACCAGAGUGACUACUCUGGUUACAAACGUCGGCUCGCCAAGGCGACGCUGACACUCAUUCCCUUGUUUGGCAUCCACGAAGUCAUCUUCAUCUUUGUAACGGAUGAGCAAACCACAGGGGUUCUGCGCUACUGUAAAGUUUUUUUCACACUUUUUCUCAACUCAUUUCAGGGUUUCCUGGUGGCGGUUCUCUACUGCUAUGCAAACAAAGAGGUGAGGAUGGAGUUGAAGAGGAAAAUGCGUAGCUGGAGGACAAAAGCACAGAUGCUAUGUUGUGGACAGUGA